CUAGCUUGAGCUCAGGGAUGUGAGCGGACCAGUAAAGAUGACCCUGUUGGCGGGCGAUGGCUCUGACUAUGACUACAGUGCCCUGAGCUGUUCCUCCGACACCUCCCUCAACCCACCUCCCGUACAAGAGGCAGAGGCCCAGAAGGGAGCUUUCUACAAGAGGGCCCAGCGUGCUCCAGAGUUCCACGACGACACCCCGCUGUCCAGCACCCGUAAGCUCCACGCCAUCAUCAAUGUGGGUGGACUGCGUUACCAGCUGCCCUGGACCACCUUGGAGGACUUCCCCCUGUCUCGUCUGGGACAGCUGCACCUCUGCAGCAGCUUCGACGAGAUCAUGCGUAUCUGCGACGACUACGACGUCACGCACAACGAGUUCUUCUUCGACCGCAGCCCCUGCGCCUUUCGCACCAUCCUGACGUUCCUGCGGGCGGGUAAGCUGCGGUCCCUCAGGGCCAUGUGCGCCCUCUCCUUCAGGGAGGAGCUGCUCUACUGGGGGGUGCCCGAGGAGAACCUGGAGUGGUGCUGUCGCCGGCGUCUGCUGCAGUGCGUGGAGGAGUUUGAGGCGAUGGAGAGAGCGGAGGAGGAGGAGGAGCUCCUGGAGGAUCUGUUGGAUUCAGACAGUGGCCACAGGGAGGACGCAGCAGAGUCCAGAGUCAGCCGCUGCAUGGGCAAGCUGAGGGACAUGGUGGAGAGGCCUCACUCCGGCCUCCCGGGGAAGAUCUUUGCUUGUUUGUCAGUGUUGUUCGUCACCAUCACUGCCAUCAACCUCUCCAUCAGUACCAUGCCUGCCAUGAGGGAGGAGGAGGAGGCGGGUACCUGCUCCCAGAUGUGCUACAACAUCUUCAUCGUGGAGACGGUGUGCGUGGCCUGGUUCUCCCUGGAGUUCACCCUGCGCUUCAUUCAAGAUCGCAGCAAGCUGACCUUCCUGCGGCAGCCGCUGAACCUGAUCGACGUGGUGGCCAUCCUGCCGUACUACAUCACCCUGCUGGUGGACAGCACCUCCAAAGGGGAGAAGCGUCUGGGCUCAGGCAGCAGCUACCUGGACAAAGUGGGCCUGGUGCUGCGUGUCCUGAGGGCCCUGCGCAUCCUCUACGUGAUGAGGCUGGCUCGCCACUCGCUGGGCCUGCAGACUCUGGGCCUGACAGCACGCCGCUGCACACGGGAGUUUGGACUGCUCCUCCUCUUCCUGUGCGUGGCCAUCGCACUGUACUCCCCCUUGCUGUACUUGAUUGAGAACGAAAUGGCCACCACGCAGGAGUUCACCAGCAUCCCCGCCACCUACUGGUGGGCUGUCAUCACCAUGACGACGGUGGGCUACGGGGACAUGGUGCCGAGGAGCAUCCCGGGGCAGGUGGUGGCUCUGAGCAGCAUCCUGAGCGGGAUCCUGCUCAUGGCCUUCCCCGUCACCUCCAUCUUCCACACCUUCUCGCGGUCCUACGUGGAGCUGAAGCAGGAGCAGCAGAGGCUGCUGCAGAGGAGGACACACUUCCUGCUGCGGAGCCGCAUGGCCGGCCUGGGCAGCAACCUCUCCUUAGAGAGUGACAUGCUGUUCCCCAUGGGGUCCUCCGACCCCAGAGACAUGGACGACUGAGAGUCGGGACAGAAAGAGAGGAGGAGAGGGAGGUUAGAACAGAGACUGGAGGUGUGAGGAGGAGAGAAAAGUGUCUUAAAGGGAUUGUUCAUCGAAAAAAAUGAAAACUCACUCACCAUCUCCUCAACACUAUGGAGGUGAAAGUGUUUGAGUCCACGAAACACUUGACUUUCAGGUGUUGCGGCCAAAUUCAAUACAGUUGAAGUCAAUGGCAAAAAAAAAAUACACCGAAAAAACAUAAAAAGGCUCCAAACUACUUGUGUGGUUUCAUCCCAGAGUCCUGAACCCCCGACAUUUCAAUUCAACUCAAACGUCAUUGACGUCAUUCACAUCAGGUUUUUAGAAAUUGAAUUCAACUGUAUUGGAUUUGGCUGCAACACCAUUUACCCCUGAGACUCCUGAAGUGUUUUGUGGACUCAAACGCGUCACCCACCACCGCCAUCGGCGUAGUGGUGAGAAGAUAAUGAGAGAAUUUACAUUUUUGGGUGAACUAACUACUCCCUUUAAAAAAACAGAGUGAAAAGAAAGGAAAGAGUUCAAGCUACAGAAAAGAGAGGGGGUUUAUUUUUCUUCCCAGAAAUGCAGCCUUGCUGUGUAGCUUUGAUUCAACAUGAAGAAUCUACAAAAAAAAAAAAAAAA